GAUCCGAUUGGUCGGGCGGCGUCGGCUGCGCGUCCGGGGUUCGCUGCGGACUGGCUGUCAGGUCGGGCCUCACCAUCCGACGUCGCGCGCCCUCCGCAAGUCGCCCUCCACCGCCAAGCAGCUCUUCGGCCACCUUCCCCGAAAACCGACAAAAUGGACAGUGAAGAGUACAGGCGGCGAGGCAAGGAAAUGGUGGACUACAUCGCGGACUAUUUGGAAAAUAUCAGGGAUCGCAGGGUCUAUCCGGAUGUGAAACCAGGCUACAUGCGGUGCAUGAUUCCCGACUGUGCCCCGCUUGCAGGAGAGUCUUGGGACACCAUUUUCAAAGAUGUUGAAAAAAUCAUCAUGCCAGGGGUCACUCAUUGGCAAUCUCCAUACAUGCACGCGUACUUUCCGGCGUUGAAUUCAUACCCAUCGCUACUCGGAGACAUGUUAGCCGACGCGAUCAACUGUCUCGGAUUCACAUGGGCGAGUAGCCCAGCUUGCACAGAAUUGGAAAUUGUGGUCAUGAACUGGUUGGGUAAAAUGGUUGGGCUGCCGGAUGAUUUUCUACAUCUUCGCGGCGACAGUCAAGGUGGCGGAGUGAUUCAGACAACUGCAAGCGAGGCCACGUUUGUCUGUCUCUUAGCCGGAAGAACCGAAGCAAUUACACGUUACAAAGAGAUCCACCCCGACUUAGAGGAUGCAGAAAUAAACAGUAGACUUGUUGCCUACUGCUCGGAUCAGGCUCACUCAUCGAUAGAAAAGGCAGGUCUAAUAGGAUUGGUCAAAAUGCAUUACCUUGAGUCGGACGAAGAUCUUUCUUUGAGGGGUCACAAACUCACCGAGGCCAUAAAACUGGAUCGUGAUAAAGGACUGAUACCAUUUUUCGUCUGCGCAACUUUGGGGACAACAGGAGCUUGCGCAUUUGACAAUCUGAAAGAGCUUGGACCCAUUUGUGAAAGAGAAAAACUCUGGCUUCACGUGGAUGCGGCAUACGCGGGAACUGCUUUCAUAUGUCCCGAAUUCCGAAAGUGGCUCUGUGGGAUAAACUAUGCCCAUUCUUUGGCUUUCAAUCCAAGUAAAUGGAUGAUGGUGCAUUUUGACUGUACGGCCAUGUGGGUGAAGAAUAGUGGAUCUUUACACAGGACAUUUAACGUCGAACCUUUAUACUUGCAGCAUGAGAAUUCCGGUCUAGCUAUCGAUUACAUGCAUUGGCAGAUUCCACUGAGCAAGAGGUUUAGAGCUCUGAAGCUGUGGUUCGUGAUUAGAAAUUACGGUAUCAAAGGUCUUCAAGAACACAUUCGAAAGGGGGUGAGGUUAGCUCACGAAUUUGAAGCGUUGGUGCGCAGUGACCCUAGGUUUGAGAUACCAGCGGCAAGGCAUUUAGGUAUGGUUGUUUUCCGCCUUAAAGGCGAAAACAUUCUCACAGAAAAGCUUCUCAAGCGGCUCAACUCCAGGGGUAGGAUGCACGCUGUUCCAGCCGCACUUAAAGGCAAAUAUGUGAUCAGAUUUACCGUGACGUCACAACGUACAACUAGCAUUGACAUAGCUCGGGACUGGUCGGAGAUUCGAACCACUGCAACUGAAAUUUUAGACGAAUUCUCAGCCAGCACUGAGGACUUGCCUGCGCUCACCAUCACAAAAGCUCGUGUUCCAUUGAAAGAGACCCGCCAGAAGAACGAACAUUUUGGCUCAAGCUUAUUGUUAGCUAACUCGCCCAUGUCCCCAAAAAUCGUGAACGGAAGUUAUGCUGCGGUAUUUGAUAACGGCGAAGGGAUUUCUCCCGAUUGGAACAAGAACUUUUCCGUUCUUAGACUCAACGUCCCUGACAGUCCAGCUGUUAGGCGAAGGAUACGAGGUAUCUUGAUGUCCGGGAAGCAAUUCUCCCUAGAUUCACGAAUGGACCUUGUCCAAGGGAUGAUGGACAGACCAGCAAGUCGACCCCUCUCCACUCCUGGUGACCAAGCUUUGCCAGAAGAUGAAGAAAAUUAACUAAUUUAAUAACUUCUCUACGUCCGUAGCCCAUCUGUUAAUCUCAUCAUUUGGAUAAUGACUUCCUAGGCAAACAUUGAAAUUAGGCAUUUCUCCAGUGGCGAUUUUUGCAAAUCGGGUACACUGUUCUAUAGGCAGAUCCAGGGGGGUUGUAGGAGGCGUACACCCCCCCCCUUCUGAUUGCCCAAAAAGGGGGUAAAGGGAUGAAAAAAUGAAGGAAGGAACGGAAGAAAGCAAACGAAAGGACUCUUAUACAUGUGUAUAGCUUGUGCUAUGUAUUUGGUAAUUAUUCGUGACAAAAUUCACUCAAACUGCAAAUAGAUGCUUUAAAAUUUCGACAAUUUUCUGGGUGUAGCACCCCGGAUCCCAUUUAGAAGUGUCUGGAUCCACCUAUGAUUCCCUUCAUUUGUUCACCUGUGUCGCUAAAGAUGGUUUAAAAACUUCUAAGGUAAAAGCCAGAUCCAUAAAAAGGUAAAAUUCAUUUUAAAUAUAAUAAUGAUAUAGGCAAGGCAGCCUGUCACAUCGAGAAUCGAUCAUCAUUUUCACAUACAUUUGAAGGGUGAAAAAAAAACUGCCACUGGGCAUUCGAAACUGCCGAGGUACUCAGUCAAUUAUUUUGUCUCCUAUUGCGUGAGAGACAUCAUGAAUAUCAACCUUUAAAGGCCUAUUUCACAAGCAAAUACUUUAAUAGAUUUUUCAAACCAUACCAGAACCUUUUCGAUUAUAUGGAAGUGAUAACUGUAGAUUAAAGAGAUACGCAACAACAUUCUUUAAAACAGUAUGUUGGAGUUUUUUUGCCAACGUGCUUUAAAAUUCAGCAUA